AUGAACUAUCAAUUCACAGGGGGUAUCAUCUCUAAUAAGAGCAUUCAGUCAGUUUGCUGUCUUCAGUUGCGCUGGCAAAUUGGAGUCUUUGAGAUCCAGCGAUCCGUUGGUAGAAUGGAAGCGGCAGACCGGGCCGCGUCCCUGCUGGUGUUCCACAGGGAUCGUCUCAACAAGCUCCGGAACGGCAUCUCGCGCGUCCUGGAUGCCUUCGCCGAUGUGCUGGACGACAAAGGAGGAAUUUCCGGUAACGAGCAUGCCGAGGUUAAAAAGAAACUUCAAGAAAUUGAGGACACUUCUUGGAGCCGCAUCCGCGAGCAUUUCUUGGACAGCCACGAACCGUCUGACGAACCGUCUGACGAACCUCGGGAAGGGCGGAACAUUGCCAGAAUCCUCCUGGACUUUACGGACAAAUUGGAUGAUGUGAAGGAUGCGCUUGACGACAGACUACGGGAAUUAGCCCAGAAGAAGGAAUCGAAACUCCAGCUGGAUGUAAAAGAUUUACAGAAAAAGUUAGCGGAGGAGAAGACAAAGACUGCCGACCUGCGAUGGAAACACCAGGAGCUUGCCGAGUCGUCUAGCUCCGAGAAACACUUCAAAGGAGUGCUGCAACAGCAGCUGAAGGAAAAACAAGACAUCAUAGCUCAGUUACAAAGAAAUGGAACAGUCCAGCUCUGGGAGAAAGAGAAGGCCAAGCUGCUGGAGGGCAGCAGACAGCGAGAGGAGAACCUCACGCGAGAAUUGACGCAGCUACGGGCAGCUCACGAGGAUAUGAAAGACCGCCUCAAUCGACGAAUCAAAGACCUUGAGGAGAAAGUAAGAUUAGAACGAAUGAAGGACAUCGUCAGCAAACUUGCUUCGAAGGACGAGAUGGAAGCCGAUGUAGAAUCUCUGAAACGACAGCUUUACACCAAGGAAGUCGACCUGGCUAGGUUGGACCAGGAACUGAUCAAUCAACAGAGGCUCAUUGUGGGGUGCAUCAAAGGAAUUCAGAGGGACUUUAGGGUGAUGGGAGAGAGGCAGGAAGGACGGAGACUGAGGAAGGAUGACAUGCAGAAGAUGAACUUGAUACUGGACGCCAUCUUGACAGGGGCUAAAGAGGCACGGUUAGACAUCACCAAAGCAGACCUGCCCCUUCAUUACAUUGCUCUUCCAGAGGAUAUCGUGGCACAUCCAGUCAAACGAAUGACAAGGCCGAGCAUACUUGCUCCUGUCGUCAAUCGCCAUCUUGAAACAAUAGGAGAUUCCCCCAGUACGUCACCAACCUCCAGUCCCCCGGAUAGCCCCUCCCAACCCCAACGUCGCGUCCCGUCCCUUGAGCUCCCCCACCCGAGCUCCAGCCCUGCCCUAUCAUCCCUGGGCCGGGCCUCGACGGUGCCGCUCAUCGAGACCCCGCCAAUAAACGGACAGGCAUCAGCAACGGGAGCAGCCAACAGGAGGGCGCCGUCCGGCAGGGCCAAGAUCUCUGUAGAUGAGGUCGGUCUCAUCACCAAGUCCCCGCGUGGUGGCUCCCAGAAAGCCCCGAACCCUAACACGAACACCUCCGCACGUAGCCCGAACCCCGCCCGAAAGCUCCGAACCACUUCGGUCUCGGAGUCCUCGCGGAGUCCGUCGUUACGACGGCGGGCAGUAUCAUCGCCCGUGCCACCAGACCUGGCCGCCCUUGUCAAACCUCCUGCUUCCCUGAGUCCCAGGGAAACGUCCGGGUCCACACUCGUCCCUCGUCAGCCGUCAAGGAGUCCGAGUCCCGGAGGACGGAACGGCAUGGCGUCUGCGAGGAAACCACGGGGGUCGGGUAAGCUUCAGGCCAGUAACGGGAACAAGGACAUCUCUAAGGAAAAUGACAACCCUGCCCAAGACAGCAAGCCCAAGCCGAAGAGUACCCUGACUGGGCAUGGGGAAUUAAAUCUCGAGAAAGGAAAACAGCGAGGGACCCCUUUCAGCUUGAAUGCCGCACAUUUUUUCAGGAAAGACCAUCCAGCACUAAUCGACAAAGAGACGGGGAUGCUGGACGCCGCGACAGCACGCACCUGCUUCCCACACAUCUCGGAAGAGCAGAUACGGGAACACUACCAGCAGUUCAAGAAGUACGACACGAAUGGAGACUACAGUCUUGAUUUUAUGGAGAUGACACAGGCGAUCCAGUCUACGGUAGCCGAUUACUACAAGCCAAGACAAAUUAAGGAGGCAAUGGUGGAAAUCGACGUGGAUCAGUCUGGCUCCGUGGACUUCUACGAGUACCUAGGCGUCUCCACCAUGCUGAUGAUGAAGAUAGGUAAAUCGGAAAUCUUCCGCAGCAGCAUGGUCAAGCACGCCGGGGGAUCCAUAUCAAAAGUCUGCUCAAUACAGUGAAGAUGAUGACUCUGCCAGAAUAGAACAGCAUUACAAGAAGCCUUUUCGGAGUUCCAACUGCGCAUUCAUAACCUGUGACAA